CAAGAGCCCACAGUCCCAGGGAAUUGUUCUUUCCCACCUCCUCCUCAUCUGGCUCACAGGAGCCACACACAGCGAUUCACAGGUCAUCUUUCUUGAGGGAUCUUGUUGUUCUGUAAUCUGGAGUCUUCUCCAGUCCUCCGAUCCAGCAGUAGCCACAGCUCAGUGCCCCAUUCGAUGCCUCUGAUUGCAACGCAGCCCUUGGCAGGAGGCUUCUGCUGUUCCCUGGGCCAACAAAGAUCCAAUCUUUACUAAGGUUAGUGAGAGACUAGUAGUAGGCUGUUCACUUGGACCUUAGAAUUCCUUUCUCUUGAUUCACCACAGGAUCUGAGAGGGCAGUGGGAGUCCAUCGCUGUCCCAUCAAUAGCCUUCGAGCAUUGUCACCAGAAUCCUGCCUAUUCUAAUUUCUGCGAAGAGGACUAUGUGAUGGAAUGAAGAGGGUAUUUUGGUCCUUUUAAGCGGUCCGGCAGGACCUAUAUAAACGCCACGAGAGGGGAGCAGAAGAAGAGGAAGACGGGCAGCUCCGCUGUGGUUGCGACGACAGCAGAUGAGGCUCGCCAGCUUCCUCCAGUGCGGUUGCGGGGCGCCGCGGCCCGAGGAGAAGCCGCAGGCGGCCCGGACGGGGACUGAUCCCCGUGACCGUGGCCGCCGUCGACGCAGCCGGGGGAACGACGCCUCGACGCCCUGGAGGCCGUCGCUCGCGGCGAUCUCCGAGAACGGCGCGCCGACGAGGGCGGCGGCGGGUGCCCGAGAUGGAAAGAUGACCGCUGACGGGGCAGAGAAGCACAAAGCCGUCGUCUCUCGUCGGGUCCUUCCUCGCGAUCACAGUGACCACGACCGGAUUCUCUCUUUGAUAUCACUGUAUAGUCCCGCGGUCAGAUUGGCUGUUAUUAGUUACUAUGCUCCAAUACAACAGAUUCAUCUAAAAACUAUGGGUUAUGACAAUUGCAGUGGCAUUCCUCUGUACAAGGUAUUCAGAUGUUUCUUCAGUUGUGCCGGCAUUUAGUCCCACUGCCUUUUUGUUCUAGUGCCUAAUUCAGUGUUCAUCUGCGAUGAAAAAGAAGAAGAGAAGAGUGAAGGAUGACCGGAAGAUGAAGAAUGCUUUGUGCAAGAUUUAGUGAUUUUGUGCCAUUUACUCAGCAGUCACUUCUUCCUAUUCAUCCUUCCUUUUCUGUAUAUUUUCCCUUUACAAAUCCUUGUGUAUACAAAAGCUAGAAUGAAAUAUGUAAAUAUCAGAACAUGACAAUUCAGAUCAGUAUCUCAUGUUGUCUGAAAGUUAUGUAAUUCUUGACUUCUGCAGGAGUGCAGUUCAGAAGAAGCUUCAAACUGAGCCACACUGUAACUAUAGCUUGAACUUCUGCAUCUCUCUUGUUAGAAGGACAAUUUAAAG